AUGCGAGACCAAUCCGACUACCUAUUGCCAAAGGGCAACGCCACGUCGAAGUCAGGCGGCCACAAAAUGCAGCUAUCUCCGAGGCUGGAAUUAAUCAUUGCUUCCACUCUUGUGCUCGAUUGUGCUGUGUACGCUGUAUGUACCCCAUACGCCGAGCUGCAACUCUGCGCUGGGUUCAAUGGGUGCUGCUGGGCUGGGACGUACUGGCUCAUCACGACUUAUAUAGCGGGUUUACACCUCCAAGUCUCUCCCAGGGAUAGCCUGUCGAUCCACCAUCACAUGCAAGGCGAAAGACUGUCGGUUCUCCCACGGCCACUUUCUGUUUCCCUGCACCAUAUCGAAGCUCCUACGUACCCCAAUCCCUCCCCACGACUCACACUGAUGAGACUAAUGUCCACACCAGCAGGCAGCCUUUUAGGCUUUUCCGGACACGGCCAGCAUCGCUAGUGGCGGGUUGUUGGAUAAAUCCGCAUUCCGGAACGUCGUGAUUGUAGGCGUUCCUGACAUUCAAACCAGGUCUUUCAUGUGUCUACUCCCAUUUGAU